AUGUCGGAAAUUGCUCGUCUGUUUCGCGAUAAGCUCUUUCUGGGUAGUUCCAAACCCGGUCCUGAUGCCAGCCAGAGUUCAACUCCUGUCCAGAGUUCAGCUCCGCUCAGCAAGCGUCGCAGUCGCAGCAAAACACGCAAGGCGGCACAAAACGCACCUUUUCUAUCCAGCGGAGAGUCCGAGGCCAAUCUGGAUCAUCCAAUGACUCGUCGUCAUCGUGGCUCCAAAUCGCGUCCGCGUAGCUCCAGCCUUGGCGCCUCAUUAGUACGCCGUCGUGCUAAGUCGAAGAAGGAAGGACGCAUGACCGAUCCGGUGGCCCUGUAUCAGUACUACCAGAACGAGUGGGCCUACUUCCGCGAACAGAUACCUGGCACAAAUGCACACAAAAACGCCCGGUCCAGUGUACGCCACAAGCUAAUUGUUCCAAAGCCUUAG